GUAGUAUACAGGAGGAUAAACAUCACCCUUGCGGUUGUCCUUCGGUGCUACAUAGCAUUUCUUCUCGAGGUUCGGACACUAAUUUACCGGUGUCUCAAACUUGGCUUUUCCAUACCCUGCCGAAACACCACCAUCAGUACACCAUGGCAGAAGAGAGCAAAUCCAUCUCGACAUCAGCGGCCGUCACCCCUCCCACCGGGGAAUCUCUGCGAUCGCAACAGAGCACCGACGCACAAGGCCAGUUCUCAGCAGCGGUCGACGACCUCCUAGACCAAUUACAACACAAGUUCGACAAUGUGUCGCGGGAAGUGUUCGCCAAAUUGGACGAUAUGGCUACGCGCCUCGACGAGCUGGAAGCUUCCUUGCCUGUUGCGGGCGACACAGCCGCGGCACCAGCGUCGUCUCCGACAAAAUGACCUUCGUGCAGGCAUAUAAAUUGUGGCCUUUCGUGUCAUAGCAUGAUGUUGCAUUGGUGGUCUGUUUCUAUGCGGAAUGGAGUUUAUCAGUUAAGUUCUUCUUCAGCGAUGCAUUCAUUUGGAGGCGUGGCACAUGUGCAAGUGUACUUUGUUGUAUUGAUGUCUCACGUAUUGAGAGAUACCCUAUCCGGAUUCUGAGGAAUAGAUGCCUCUUGUUAUAUUUUUCUUGAACUGUUGUUCCUUGGGUCAGGCCCUUGUUUCUACAUUUUAUGCAUCAUGGAGUUCCAGACACAUAUUUCAUAGGCCAAAAGUCAUACAAUUGAACAAGCCCGUC